AUGGGCUUCAUCGGCAAGGGCACCGGUCUUUUGAGCUUGCGCAAUCCAUUUGGCAAGAAAGCAACCCCGACGGAGAACAUCGUAUGGCUCUUGGAUAACACCGCCUAUAGGCCUACCAAACCUGGGAAAGAUUCGGCUCAACCUUGGGAGGCCGAAUUUGUGGCUUGCUUUUUCCGUUCUGGGCGAAAGGACUUGACAAAAUAUGUCGGCAGCAUCGCUGAUCUGCUUGGUCUAGAUGGGAAAGUGGGUGGCGAUCCAGCAGCUCGAAAGCGAAUCGAAGAACGUCUCAAGCCUUUCAUCAUGGCUGUAGCGUCUAGGCGUACGAUUGAAAUCCAGAUACCUUGUCCAAACCCCGAUGGCAGUCCUCACAGAAGGCUCCUUGGGCCCUCCAAGCCCAACGGAAUCAGCAGCCAGACGAUGCUCACGGGGGGAUCUGACGAUGCCGAUGGCAAAACAGUUGUCUGCACCAGUGGCGGUCAUAUGUUUCCCGACCUGAAAUGUAAUACUCGCUUUGCUGGUCCUGAAGGUUGGGCAGUCAUCUCCGACAUUGACGACACCAUCAAAGUGACCAUGACAUCGACACCUACUGGAAUCCUGCAAUCCACCUUCGCCGACAUUCCCAAAACCAUCCCCGGAAUGCCAGAAUUCUACAAGAUUCUGGAUGAUUCAUUCCGAUCUCCCGCCUGGUUUUUUAUCUCUGCGUCACCUUACAAUCUGUAUCCAUUCCUCCGUCAAUUCGUCAAUUGUUACUAUCCCCAAGGGACCAUCAUCCUUCGUGACGCCUCGUGGAUGAACUUCGGAUGCCCGCUUCAAUCCUUCACCCAGGGUAUCCAAGAAUACAAGACUAACCGUAUCGAAAAGAUACAAUCCUGGUUUCCGAAACGGAAGUUCAUCUGUAUUGGCGACUCCACCCAGUCAGACCCAGAGGUGUACGCACAGAUGUAUAAGAAAUAUCCCGAUUGGAUCAAAGCAAUCUACAUCCGCAAGGUGACGGAUAUUCCCCAUAUGGAGAAUAAGAACAAAAACGAACGUUUCAUCGACGCCUUCAAGGACGUGCCGGAUCACAUCUGGCGAGUGUUUGUCCAACCACAGGACCUGGCUGAUCAUGUCAAGCAUCUGGCCGGUGAGGCGCAUUUGGACAUGAUUGACCACUUGCUGGGUUUGUAG